UUUGCGCAUCCCGCGGGGAGGAGACUCCGAAGAAGCAUGCUCAUGAGGGGAAGUGGUAGUGGUACUUAAAGUGGGCCAAUUUUCAAGUUCAGAUUUUUGAAAAAGGGAAAACCUGGGAAGGCAAAGUGAACGGAAGAUCUGAGUCAUUACAUCAGGCACCUGUGUUAGGAAAUUGGACUGUAACAAUUCACCAUGGCUUGUGGUUUGCCAAGAAGGAAUACAGUGAAAACCAUUUUACGGAGCAGUUGUUACGAAGUACAGGAACCCUGGGAACUUGCACUGCUUACGAAGACCUGGCACACAAACCUAGCCAACAUCAAGUUGCCUUUCUUGGAAGAAAUUGCAUUUGGUGGUUCCAUACGCCUCAAAAAAUGUAAAACCACUAAGGAUGGUCUGGUCCCUUCAGCAGAAUCCAUCAAACUUGAAAGGGAGUAUGAAAUGAAGCGCCUGGAUAACCUGAAACGUCAGGAAAAUGCGGCUGAGGAAAUUAGGUUUUCCCUGAGGGAAAAGCAGAUUGGUUUGAGAAGACCUCUUCCACCUAAGUGACAGUCAUCUUGUAAUUGAAUCUGUACUCUCUGCUUCCUACACCCAAAGAGGAUGAAGGGCCCCGACCUUUCACUGUGUGAAGUUUGGUGCAGACGUCCGAAUACCCGCUGGUGGAUGGGCCAGCUCCCGCCGG